AAUCAGUUUAAUAAACCUGGUCUUUUAAAGUGCUAUAAAUAAAAUUAAACUAAAAAGAAAUAACUAAAAAGUAAUAUGUGGAACUAUCAAUAUGAUAAGUCUUGUGAAAAACAAGGAAAAGCGUUGAUAUUUAACUUAUAUUCCGAAAACGAAGGAGGUUCGAUAGAUGUUACAAAUUUAACGUCAACACUUGGAAAUUAUUACGGAUUUGAUGUUGAAGUAUGUACUCAAAAAACAUACAAUGAAAUUCAUAACAAAUUAACUGACGCUGGAUUAGAAAAUUAUGAAAAGUACAAUUGCAUAAUGGUUGUAAUGUUAGCUCAUGGAAAUAAUGUAGGAAUAUGUGCUGAAGAUCAAACGUUUCAAACAAGCGAACUUUGGGUACCAUUUACAAAAUGUACUACUUUAAUAGGAAAACCAAAAAUAUUCCUAAUUCAAGCUUGCCGUGGAAAUCUACAAGAUAGCGGACUUCAAGUUGAUAGUUCUCGUUCGAUUUCAUCCAUUAUUUUGCCACGAAUGACCGAUAUUCUCAUCAUAUAUUCUUGUUUUGAGGGUUACGUUUCUUACAUCACCAGUGAAGGAACACCAUUCAUUAAAGAAUUAUGUAAAGAAAUGAUUAAGGAGGAUAAUAGAGAAUUAGAGUUCUGUCAAAUUCUCACAAUUGUUAAUUAUAAGAUAUCUUCGUAUUAUAACUUUGGUGGAGAUGGUAAAGAAGUACUGAAGAAGCAGGCUCCGACAUAUGUUAGUAGUUUAAGAAAAGGAUUGUAUUUUAGUCCUAAAAUAAUAAAAAAAUGAUAAAUAUUUAUGUUUAUAAUGAAAUAAAUUUGUAUACAAAUUA